AUGGACAAUUCAUCGAGAAUGAUGUGGAAACUAGCUGUUAUAGAAGAUUUUAUCACCGGGAAAGAUGAAGUCAUUGGUUACACUGCACUUCACAUUGCUGUUAAUCACAGAUACACAGAUAUCGUCAAGUUGCUGAUAGAUGGUGGCAUUGACCUCAAUAUAAACACUCGGGCUGGAAACACCGUUCUUCAUGUAGCUGCUGAACAAGAUCCGGAGAUGGUCAAAUCUUUGAUAAACAAUUAUAGUGAUCCAAAUAUACCAAAUGAUCAUGGGAAAAGGCCAAUAGAAGUAGCCAACAGCAACGUCAUAGUGAGGUUGAUAAAGGAUUAUGAAAAUACACUUGUACCUGGACUUCCAGCUGAAGUUAAGAAAUUCGAUAAAAAAUCAGCGAGGGUGUUCUCUAGUCUUUUAGAAGAAGAAAGCUAUCGCCAUUUUGAGUCGAGAGUUAUGUUGGCUGGCGAGCAGGGCACUGGAAAAACUACUAUUGCCAGACAUCUUGUCGGUAAACAACCAACAAAAUUCAGAAUGUCAACUGAUGGAAUAGAGUUAUACAAUGGUCUGUCAUUCAUGGACAUAGAAUCAAACUGCUGGCGUGGUGGACAACAAGACUUUACAAUGGAAGAAUUAACCAUUACCAGAUCUCUAAUACAGGACGAAACACUGAAGAAAGGAAAAUCUAAUGUACGCGAUAAAAAAGGGAUCAGUCAACAUACAUUAGAUAAAGAAGACACGCCCUUGUCUGCAUCUGAAACACCAGAAAAAACACAUGAAACGCAUAAUUCACAUUCGUCUGAUUCAACAGCUAAAUGGUCGGAUUUUGGAGGUCAAUUGUCAAAUACAACUUCCAAAACCGAAAGUCUAAAUGAUACUUUCCGGCCAAAUCAUCACCUUUUAAACAAGCAUGUCAAUCCUGACGGUGAACUCAAACAACUAUCGGAUGACCAGUCUGAACACAAAGAGAUUAAAGAAAACAGAGAUAGCAGUUGUGGAGUAGGUAUGCAUGAUAGUAGUCAUGCCCGUCCAGUAAGCCCGUCAAGUAGAUCAGUCGAAGACAGUAAUUUAUCAGAUUACCUUAUCAAUGUGGACGAACCAAACACAUAUGAUCUACCUGCCACACAGGAACCCAUUGACGCUUUUGAUGACAAAUACACCCAUGAAGUUCUAUAUGAUGAAGAGACCUCCACGAGCGUCCCAGAUUAUCUUCAUUCGGAGUCGGGUUUUACUGGAGAUGUGCACAUAGAAACUGUCACUAAACCUGUAAUAAUCAGAAAGCUAAAAAAAAUUUUUGGUAUUUCCAAGAAAGUUAAAGAGGUCAAAGUGUCGAUCACAAAAGAAAAAUUCUUUGAGAAGUCUGUUAAGGUUGGGAAAAAGCUGUUACACAAUAAAAAUAUAGCACCUAUAAUAAUCUGGGAUUUUGGUGGGCAGGAUGUUUUCUAUUCAACUCAUCAGACAUUUCUGACAUACAGAGCUAUUUACAUAAUUGUGUUGGACGGAAGUAGAAAACUAGAUGAUCCUUGUCCAACUGAACAAUAUCUCCCAGGAAAGAGUGGACAAAAAACAGCAAAAGAUUAUCUGCUAUUUUGGAUCAACACAAUUGUAACAUACUGUAAAGGGAGUGUGAAAGGUUUUCCUAGAAUUAUCAUUGUUCUGACCCACAAGGAUAAGUUAGAUCCUAAUGAAAUUGAACAGAGACGAAUGAAGGUAUUUGAAGAAAUCAAACACAUGUUUUUACAAACACCAUUUAUGCAGCACUUGGUAAUUGAAGAUCAGAUAUUUGUAAACGCUAAAGACAAGCGUGAUCCAGAGUUAGCAAAACUAAAGAAUAUCAUAAUCAGCGAAUCGAAGAUGCAGCCAACAUGGGGUGAACCUCUUCCAAAAUGUUUUAUUCCUUUAGAACUAGAAUUUGCAUCGCUAAUCAAACGCGGUAUUCCAUUGAUUACACUAGAGCAUUUACAGAAAAUCAACUCACUACAACCUAUAAGAUCCUUGACAGAAUCUGAGUUAACAGUAUUUCUGAAAUUUCAACAUGCAGUAGGCAAGGUGUUAUACUUUGAUGAAAAGCUAUUAGACCAUCAUGUUAUUUUGUCUCCAACACAUUUAAUCGAUGCCUUUAAGUCUAUUGUUACUGAUAGACGAUUCUGUGAAGGAGACAAAGAAAGAGAAGAGUUGUGGGAUGUCAUGGGUAAGAAAGGGGUAGUCUCAAAAAAGGCAAUCCAAAAAAUUUGGAAGAAACAUAAAUAUAAGAAAUUCUACAAAGAUAAAGAUUAUUUACUGGAAGUUAUGACUCACCUGGAUAUAUUGGUAGAACCAAAAAGAUACGACCUAGAUCGCCACCGUAUACCUGCUGACUUCUACUAUGUUGCAAGUAUGGUACGAGCACACGAUGAUUCUGGAUACCUCCAAUCAGCUGGCUUCACAACCAGGAGUAUUGCCAUAGCCUUUCAAUCGUCAUCAUUGAUGAUACCGCCUGCAUUAUCCUUUAGAUUUAUUAGUUACUGUUUAUACGUCUGGGCGGUGAAAAAAUACGGAGAUUCCAGAAAAGAAAUGUUGUUCCAUAGGUCAGGGUUUUUUACCAUUGAUUCGUCUUUAGAUAUGUACAUUGCCUGCGAAGAUGAAAGGAUUAUUGUCCGUCUUGUUCAUGCCACAUCAAAUACACUUAUAAUGAGGGAUGUAGCCUCCAGCAUCUAUGAAUGCCUUACAUCAGCCUUGGAGAAAAUAAGUCAGCUGUAUAUCAGAACAAGUAGUGAUCAGACUCAAACCAGUGAUGCAUCCUUUGUGACCAGAAUAUGUUGUAACUCACCAAAUAACUCAUGUGUUCUACCUGACAAUGAUCUAGCUCACACAGACCAAAUAUGGAUAUGUCCUUCACAUGGCAUUGAACACAGCAUACACACAAUUACAUCGUGGAUUGAAGAAAAGAAAGACGAAAAGUGUAAACCAGGGUGCACAGUUACCAAAGAUGAAUUUCUGAAAGCGACACCAUUAGACAUUCAUUUACGACGUCUGUCGUUACUGUACAGUCCAUUCGAGGCCAAAGAACUGGCAAUACAUUUAGGAUUGUCGAACAGGGAAGUUAAUGUCAUAGAAGCAACUGCAGAUCCCUUAACAGCAAGCUUUGCAAUUUUGCUAAGAUGUCGAGAUAGCAGGAUGGUGACAUUUAAAGACAUCAGAGAGGCGAUAGAAAGUAUUGGAAAAGAAAACAUGGAACCUGAGAAGUGGGAUAUGGUACCUACAGCAGAACAUAUUGACAGAUUGGCUCCAUUGGUAGGGAAAUACUCCCUCCCGUUCCUUAUCGAACUUGGAAUGGAUUUAAAUACCUGGGAACAGAUCAGCCACCGACAACAUAUAAGAGAUUUGGUCAGACUGAACCAGGAUAUCUUAGAAGAAUGGAGAUUCAAGUUUUUGUCAGUCUCUUCGUGUAAACAUGGUGCUAAACUUGAAACAUCAUCAAGUGGUGGAUAA